AUGCUAGACGGCAGUGCCCACUACCGACGUUUUGAAGUUGCACAACUUGACGAUCUUAACAUCAACGCUAAUUUUCUGAACAACACAAGACGCCAGCCUCUGAAAGGCCGCUCAUUGGAGGAGUGCGAGUUAUGUCUGUGUUGUGAUCAACUGAGUGGUGGAGGUGGUGGAGGUGGUGGAGGUGGUGGUGGUGGUGGAUUGGGCGGUGGAGGUGGAGGAGGCCAAUUGGGUGGUGGCCUACCGACUGCCCCUGUUUCCACCUCACAGCCCUUUCCGUCGACGUCUCGGAAGGCGACGGAUAUCCCUCCAGCCCAAACACAAGGAGGUAUAACCAACACUGUCGUACCGAGCGCAACGCCUACGGAGUCCAACAAAAGUACUAGUGCGACGGAAACCGGAGCCGCAUCAAAUGGCGAUACUAGUGCCAGUUCUGGGUACAUUACUCAAGGUCCGCUGAACUCAAACUCGUCAAGCACCCCGUCCCAAACGCAGGCCCGAGUCGCGCCUGCGACAGUAACCGAAUCAACAACCCAACUCGUCAUUCAAACGAGUGUCACAACGAGAGACAAGAUAAACAUUCCUAUCAUCGUUGGGAGUGUCAUGGGCGCUGUUGCUCUUCUCUUUAUCUUGAUCUGUGCCACGUUUGCAUAUUUCCAUCGCAGGGCCAGGCGGCGGACAGCUUCUCCGCGUGCCGCUAUUUCGCCGUUCGUCGUACCCCCUCCUACUAAACGUUGUGGGUCCUCGAAUAAGUUCGAGGCGGAAAGGGGAAGGAUACGAACGUACUAUUCAACGACUGGCGUUGAUCGUGAUCAUCAGGAGGAAGCCACGAGCGAGGUUGAUGAGCAAGAAGCUGGUAGACAAACUUGCACUGCUUGGGAGUCGGUGAUUGCCAGUGACGAUGUAGGAACGAACACUAUUAACUCUCCGCCGUCGUACCGGCCAUGA